UAGAAGCCCGGUGGUUGAUGACUGAGCAGUUCGGCAAUGAAUGGCACCGCACAGCCGGCGCUGGGCAAGGAGGAGCAUGUGCUGAAACUGGGCGAGAGCUUCGAGAAACGGCCUAAAAGCUCGUUCCACACCAUCCGCUAUGAUUUUAAACCAGCAUCCAUUGACACCACUUGUGAGGGUGAGCUACAAGUUGGAAAAGGUGACCAAGUCACCAUAACUUUGCCGCACAUCCCAGGCUCUACUCCACCAAUGACUGUGUUCAAAGGUAACAAAAGGCCGUAUCAGAAGGAUUGUGUACUUAUCAUUAACCAUGACACUGGAGAGUUUGUGCUUGAAAAGCUCAGUAGCAGUAUCCAGGUGAAGAAAACUAGAGCUGAAGGGAGCAGUAAAAUCCAGGCUCAAUUGGAAUCACAGGCAGUGAGAAGAUCUCAGCCUUCAUCGCAGUUUAGAGCACCAAAUAAGCCAUGUACUGGACCAAAAACAUCUCCCUCAAAGGACAACCCAUCACCUGAACCACAGCUUGAUGACAUAAAAAGAGAACUGAGAGCUGAAGUUGAUAUAAUCGAACAGAUGAGUAGCAGCAGUAGUUCCUCAGAAUCUGGAAGCUCAUCUGGCAGUGAUGACAGCUCUAGUAGUGAUGUGGAAAAUGAAGCUCGCCCAUCUACACUGCCACAGCUACAAACACAUCAACAAUCCCAUUCCCAAUCUCAUCAGCAACAGCAGCCACAGAAUUACAGUAACAGAAUUGCUUCUACAAAUGGUACCAGCAGACCAGGAAGCAAUCAGCUUAUGACCACACUGAGAAAUGACUUACAAUUGAGUGAAUCUGGGAGUGACAGUGAUGAUUAAGGACUAAGGAAAAUAGACCACCUACCUCCAUACUGAUCGAACAGGAGAAAUGUGUUAAUGCAUUAUUCGAUUUUGUGUAAUACAUUUAUUAUGUGUCCUUACUGCAGUUUUAAUAUCAGAUAUGGGGUGAUAAAUGCAGUAUAUUUUCAAAAAUGUAUUUAAUUGCUUUUUAAAAGUUAAGUUAGAGAGACAUUAGUUUUACCUGUAUAUUUUGUCAAAUAUUCUAAUUAAUUUUCUGAAGUUGAUCUUUUAAAUGAACUAAAUGGUAAACUUGCAUUUUCAAAACUAUCAAACAGAAAUAGACUUUAAUGCUUAAUCAUGCAACAAGGGUGAUGUCCACCCUAAUGUAAUGUUUAGUUAUACAAUAAGUUUAUACAAGUAUAUCAUAACAGAUAUCACGCAGUGUAGAAAUCCAUUGGCAGAGUCACUGUCUACAAGUACCAUGAUGGAUGUGAAGUUCAUGAUGUUUAAUGGUGGGAACCACUAGUGGAUUAAAAAUAGUAAUUUAAGAACCAUGAAUGGGCAUUGACAACUCUAGAAAUUAACAGCAACAUUGUUUCCUAUAUCUUUGAAUUUUGCUGGUGAAAUAAAUUGUUAGACUAGGUUUUAAUUUCCAAAAGCAAAACAUUUUGUAUCAUAAAAAAAUUAUGUGCUUGUUCCUUUAAUGGAAGAAUUUGUGUGAAGCUGGGUAUUCUGACUGAUCUCCCAUAUUGCAGUUUUAGCAGUUCGAUGCACAACUGUAAUUUGUUGACCUAUUCAAUCUGGGAAAAAUGUUUCAAGCUACAAUGAUUUUUUUAAAUAUGUAUUUAAUCCAUGAUACCCUUCAACUUUGUAUCUAUGAAAUAUAAAAAGAAGCUUUACUACUUAA